AUGGCUGACACAAGUUUAUUUGUAAAAGCAGAUGAUGAUGAUGUGAUUAUCAUGCUUUUAUACGUUGAUGACAUAAUAUUGACAGGAUCAAGUACAACAAAGGUCCAAUCUGUUAUCUCUCAACUUGCAGCAGUAUUUGAUUUGAAAGAUAUGGGGCAGUUGACAUAUUUUUUAGGCCUUCAGAUUCAGUAUCAAAUAGAUGGGUCUAUAUUUGUCAAUCAAUCCAAGUAUACCACUGACUUAUUAAAGCGAGCAGGUAUGGAGUCUUGCAAACCUACUUCAACUCCUUCCAAACCUCAUUCUCAAGUUCUCAUCUCUGACGGCAGUCCCAUGACUGAUCCCACCUAUUACAGAAGUAUCGUGGGGGCUCUUCAAUAUCUAACUUUCACACGACCCGAUAUAGCUCAUGCUGUUAAUGUUGUAUGUCAGUAUAUGACUCAACCAUCUGAUCUUCAUAUGCAUUUAGUUAAAAGAAUUCUGCGGUAUUUGAAGGGUACAAUUCAUUAUGGUUUACAAUAUACAAAGUCACCUGACUUUCUCAUUUCAGCUUACUCUGAUUCGGAUUGGGCGGCUGACAUCAAUACUCGUCGGUCUAUAACAGGUUAUGUGGUUUAUAUUGGUGCUAAUCCAAUUUCAUGGCAAUCUAAUCUAAACGACAAUCUCUAUCUGAAGUUCUACAGAGGCCGAGUAUAA